ACACCUGAAGAGUUACGUAUAGCAUAAUAAUACAUUUAUUCAAUAUGGCCACUCUCCUGCAAAUAGGUUCAGGUGUGAUUUAUAGUAAUGCCCUUAGGAAGACGCUUCGACGUCCUCAGUCUUCUACAUGCAUCAUAGUGACCGAAACCACACCAUGUAAUAAGUCUCCCACAGUUCAGCGUCGUUCUGCGAACUAUCAGCCUUCUCGUUGGGACCAUCACCAUCUCCUCUCGGUCGAAAAUAAAUUUGCGAAAGAUAAAAGGGUACGAGAGAGAGAUUUGUUGAAGGAAAAAGUGAGAAAGAUGCUCAAUGAUGAGCAAAAGACUUAUCUUGACCAAUUGGAGUUCAUUGACGAUCUACAAAAACUCGGGGUUUCUUAUCAUUUUGAAGCGGAAAUCGACAACAUUUUAACAUCUUCUUAUAAAAAAGAUAGAACAAACAUCCAGGAGAGUGACCUACAUGCCACCGCACUCGAGUUCCGACUUUUCAGGCAACAUGGUUUCAAUGUUUCAGAAGAUGUAUUCGAUGUUUUCAUGGAAAAUUGUGGGAAGUUUGACCGUGAUGAUAUAUAUGGUUUAAUAUCUCUUUACGAAGCAUCAUAUCUUUCGACAAAAUUGGAUAAAAACCUGCAAAUAUUCAUCAGACCUUUUGCUACACAACAACUCAGAGACUUUGUUGAUACUCAUAGUAAUGAAGAUUUUGGGUCGUGUGACAUGGUGGAAAUUGUGGUCCAAGCGUUGGAUAUGCCCUACUAUUGGCAAAUGAGAAGGCUAUCCACCAGAUGGUACAUAGAUGUGUAUGGAAAAAGACAAAAUUAUAAGAACCUUGUCGUCGUUGAAUUUGCCAAGAUUGAUUUCAACAUCGUACAAGCUAUUCAUCAAGAGGAACUCAAAAACGUUUCCAGCUGGUGGAUGGAGACAGGUUUAGGUAAGCAACUCUACUUUGCAAGAGACAGAAUAGUGGAGAAUUAUUUCUGGACGAUUGGACAAAUCCAAGAGCCUCAAUACGGAUACGUUCGACAAACAAUGACGAAAAUAAAUGCACUCCUUACUACAAUUGAUGAUAUCUACGAUAUCUAUGGCACUCUUGAAGAACUUCAGCUUUUCACUGUCGCGUUUGAAAACUGGGAUAUAAAUCGUCUUGAUGAACUCCCCGAGUACAUGAGGUUGUGUUUUCUUGUUAUAUACAAUGAAGUCAAUAGCAUUGCAUGUGAGAUUCUCAGAACUAAAAAUAUCAACGUGAUCCCAUUCCUCAAAAAAUCUUGGACAGAUGUAUCCAAAGCGUAUUUAGUAGAAGCAAAGUGGUACAAAAGUGGUCACAAACCAAAUUUGGAAGAGUACAUGCAAAAUGCUCGGAUUUCAAUCUCGUCCCCAACGAUAUUUGUUCACUUCUACUGCGUAUUCUCCGACCAGCUCUCUAUUCAGGUCUUGGAGACUUUGUCCCAACACCAACAAAACGUCGUCCGAUGCUCCUCCUCAGUGUUCCGUCUAGCCAACGACCUUGUAACCUCACCGGAUGAAUUGGCGAGAGGAGACGUCUGCAAAUCCAUCCAAUGUUACAUGAGUGAAACUGGAGCAUCAGAGGAUAAGGCGCGUUCGCAUGUUCGACAGAUGAUCAAUGACUUGUGGGAUGAAAUGAAUUAUGAGAAAAUGGCACAUAGCUCUUCGAUACUCCAUCAUGAUUUUAUGGAAACAGUGAUAAAUUUGGCACGCAUGUCUCAAUGCAUGUAUCAAUAUGGCGAUGGCCAUGGCUCUCCCGAAAAAGCCAAAAUCGUUGAUCGUGUCAUGUCCUUACUCUUCAAUCCGAUUCCUUUAGAUUGAACUUCAUAUUGAUUACAUUAAAUAUCAUAUGGUUUUUUGAAUUCUAGGACAUAGGGUUCCAUGAAACUAUAUAUAUUUGGUGUAAUUUUAUAACAAAAUAAUAUAUAUUAUAUGUUUAUGAAACAUCAACAUUACAACUUUAACAAGAGCUGGUAUAUAUGCAUGAACAAAUAAUUUCAGGUAAUAACUUUUAAUA